GCCGCCAAAAACGGACAUCUAGCCGCUGUCAAAGCUCUCUUGAACCAGGACAAGACCACUCUUCGUAAAGAAGAUCGGAAAGGAUGUACACCGCUGUCCUUGGCUGCUUCGACACCGCUCUCGGUCGCGGCUACUAAAGGCCACGAAAGCGUCGUUUUACUUUUGCUCAAACAUGGGGCCUAUGAUCUAGGCAAAGGAGGGACUGACAGAUAUCUUCUCUCAUGGGUAGCUGGUCAUGGAAUGACAGAAGCCCUCAAGUCACUGCUAGAAAUGCCUGAAAUCAUUGUCGACUCCCUGGAUGGAUCAUAUCGCACACCACUGUCAUGGGCUGCUGGAAACGGUCAUUCCGACGUAGUUACACAACUACUUGACCCAAAGAGGCGAAAUGGUCUCGUGGCAAAUGUCAACUCUGGAGAUUUUGAUAACCGGACCCCUCUCUCGUGGGCAGCAGCCUCUGAGCAUGAGGUUGUGGUCAAAGCGCUACUAAGUUAUGGA